UACUUCUGACCAAAGGGAAGUCCAAAGCAGAUAUGGGAGACAAAUCUGGAUGGACACCAUUGCAUAGAUGUUGUCAAGAGAAGCCACCCUCCACCGACAAGAAGGAAGACAACGAAGCUUCUGAAGAAAAACCAGAGGAACAGCCCAAAUCCGACCAAAAAGAAGCCAUUGCUCAAGAGGAUGAAAAGCGAGCCAAGAUCGCUGAAAUGCUCCUCAAUAACGGGGCAAAGGCGACAGCUGUGGAGCCGGCUGGUCAGCAGACUCCGUUGCAUUUGUGUGGCAUGAAUGGCUACGCUCAGACAGCCAAGGUUCUUUUGGAGGCUGGAGAGGCAGAUGUGAAUGCUGUCAAUAAGAUAAGUCAGACGCCAUUGAUCUACGCUUGUAUUGAGCGACAUUUGGACACGGUCAAGAUCAUGGUUGAAUUCAAGGCCGACUUGUCUCUCGGCGACAAGCUUCAUUGGAAUUGGACCCCAUUGCACUAUGCUGUCCUUCAAGAUGAUGUCGAUAUAGUGCAGUUCUUACUAGAUUCUGGGGCUGAUAAGGAGGCUAAAGAUGAAGCUGGUCGAUCAGCCCUUAAUGUGGCAGAUGAGCAUGCUAAAGAAAAAGUCAAGGCAAUUCUGGCUUAGAGAUUUUUGUCUAACAUUUCUCUGUGUGAUUGAGUAUGCACAUCUUCAAGCUUGUCAAUUAACUUUGCGAUGAAAUAUAUAUCAUGCACAAAAGGGACAAAGUUACAAUUACUAUUGUU